AACUGCAACAGGACUCAAGAUGGCUCUCGUCUGCAUUUUCCUCUCAUUACUACUGGGACUGUCAGCUGCUGUUCCUCAAGAUCUGUCUGGAAAGAUGCUGGUUUUUCCACAAGAAACUAACACGGCUCAUGUGAGACUCACCACCUCCAGACAGAACCUGGGAGCAGUCACUGUGUGCAUGAGGUAUUUCACAGACCUCACCCGAGCGUUCAGCUUUUUCUCUUUGUCCAUACCCUCACAAUCUAAUGCACUUCUCAUUUACAAGCAGCCAGUGAGAGAUGAAAUAAGUGUGACUGUAAAAAAUAUUGACACAAUCUUGAAGGGGCAGGAUUUUCAGAUAAACAGGUGGCAGUCACUCUGUGCUACAUGGGAAGCAGCCUCUGGUGUGGUGCAGCUGUGGAUCGAUGGAAAACCUUCAACUAUAAAAUUUGCCUCUAACGCCAACAUCGGUGGACCCAUCAUCAUUGUGCUUGGACAGGACCAGGAUAACUAUGGAGGGGGCUUCGACAAGGCUCAGUCUUUUGUGGGCAUGAUGACUGACGUCCACAUGUGGGACUAUGUGCUCUCUCCACAGCACAUAGACAACUACAGUCAGAAGUUAAACUUUCCAGCUGGAAAUGUACUCAACUGGAAGUCCAUGGAGUUUCAGAUCACAGGCAGAGUUUUGAUCCAGAAAGAACAAAAUAAGUGAAUAAUCAGUGCUAUUAUGUCAUGUGUUCAAUUUGAUUUGUAAGUGGAGUUGUAAUAAACAGUGGCAUUGUAUAGACA